UGCCAUAUAUGUGCCGCACAAAUCACGGAUAAAAAAGUGACAACUACAGGCAGCCAACUAAAGAUUGAAUGGACAUGUUUGAAUAAUCAUCAUGGCAAGUGGGCAUCAUGUCCUGAUGCAAGAGGAAUGGCACAGAAUAACCUGCUUGUUUCUGCUGCUACGCUUUUCUCUGGAACAACUUUCACUGAAGUACACGAGUGGGCCAGCAUCCUAAACUUGCAACUCUUGAAGAAAUCGCAGUACUACUCCAUCCAAUCCGACUACCUUAUUCCAGUAGUACACUUUGCAUACAAAGAUCAUCAUGAGAAUCUCAUCAGGCGACUUAUUAGACAAAAGGCUGAAGGCGAGUCCAUAGAGCUGUGUGGAGAUGCCAGGUCUGACUCACCAGGCUACAGCUGCAAGUAUUCCACCUAUUCGUUUCAGCUUCUAUCCAGUAAUGAGAUCAUUCACUUUGAACUACUACAGGUAACGGAAGCUAGCAGUUCAGUUGCCAUGGAGUCCCAAGGCUGUAGGAGGGGCCUCAACCAUCUAAUUUUCAAUGAAGGAGUAGAUAUAGACCUCAUCACUACAGACCGGGCCACAUCAGUUCGGAAAAUAAUGAGGGAGGAAUUCCAGAAUGUUCACCAUGAAUUUGAUCCUUGGCAUGUAUCAAAAGGCAUAAAGAAAAAACUGGUAGCACUCGCCAACAAAAGGAAAAUCGGGUCCUGCAGGGCUGGAUUCGGGCGAUCCUCAAUCACUUUUGGUUCUCAUGCUCAUCUUGUGGUGAGAGUGCUGAGGUAA